AUGUCGGGCAAACGCCGACGGACUCGUCGCAAGGGCGAAGAGGAAUCGCCCGAGUACGCCCUUCUCAAGUCGCUGCGGAGUUCGUUCCUGGCGCAUGCUGAGCGAUGCGGAGCGCCGAGAGCGGCGAUUGGGAUUCUGGCGAGUUGGUUGCUGGAGCAGAUGGAGGAGGAGACGGUCUUUGACGCUGUGGUGGUGGCCGAUCAGAAGCUCGGCGGCCCGGCGACCGAAGCCCUGCUUGCGGCUCUGGUGGAGACGUACGACUUUGUUGCUCAUCUGGUGCUGUGGCGGACAGAGUCGGGCUCGCAGGGCGCAUCUGCCGUUGCUCGCCUCCUCCACACCUCGUCGUCGCUGGUCUCACUCGAGAUGGUCGACAUCGGCAUGGGUGCUCGUCCCGGUGCCGAUCUCGGUCGUGCCCUCCAGCUCAACGCCUCGCUGAAGAGCCUCACUCUCGACCACAAUCCAGCGUUUGGUGCACAGGGCGUUGCCGGCCUUGCCACCGGUUUGCGAUGGAACGAGAGCCUGACCAAGCUCUCGAUGCGAUUCUGCGGGCUCGAUGCAGCAGCUGGCGCGGUCCUCGGCUCGAAGAUCCUGCCAUACGCCGGGGCACUGGCCGAGCUGGAUGUGUACGGCAACGCACUGGGCGCACCGGGCAUCCACGCCCUAGUCAAGGGCCUUCCGCAUGCACAAUGCCUCGCCACACUCAAUGUCGGCGACAACGGCGCGCAUCAUCCUCCGCGCAAGGUCUACCGCCGCCUGGCCACCGUUCUUCCUGUUGCGCCUGCGCUCACAGCGCUCAACAUUGACGGCAACCUCGUGUCGGAGGAGGGCGCGCAGCUGCUGCUUGCAGCGUUGGAGGACGCGCCUCGCAUCGUCUCGUUUGACCUCACAGACCGGAUCGACCAUGACACCACUCUGGCAUUUAAGGCACUGGAAAAGGUCCACGCCAAAGCGGCUGGCAAGAAGAAGCGCCGUCGCAAAAAGGCGGCGUGAGGGGUCGCAACCAUAGCGCGCCGCUGCUAUGCGCUGUCCAAAGGCCCCGC